AUGAUCCAAAGCCACUGCGAGAACCAACGGCUGGAUGAAGCUAAGGAUCUCUUUGAUAGAAUGCCCACAAGGAAUGUAGUAACAUGGACGACCAUGAUCACAGCAUAUGCCCAGGCAGGGCAUAUGGAGCAAGCAAAGAUUCUCUUUGAAGAUGCUCCGGAUCUUAAUGAGGUGGCAUUUACGGCUAUGAUGGACGGCUACGCAUCUAAUGGAUGCGUGGAAGAGGCCAAAGCCUUGUUUGAGAGGCUGCCAAACAAAGACGUGGUGGCUUGGAACUCCAUGCUUUGCGCAUAUGCCGCGAAUGGGCAUUUGGAUGAAGCACUAGAUUGUUUCCAAAAGAUGGCUUACUGUGACGAGAUCUCUUGGACAACAAUGAUCCAUAUGCUCGCCUCUAGAAACCAUCUUGAAAAUGCAAAGUUUAUUUUCGAUCAAAUACCUUAUAAUAGCAAGAUGGCGAGCACAGCGCUCCUCUCGGCCUAUCUCUGGAAUGGCCACCUCCAAGAAGGGAUAAGCCUCUUCCAGGCGAUUGAGGAGCGUGAUGCAAUUGCCUGGAUGGCAAUGGUGGUUGGCUUUGCUCGCAAGGGACUCCUCUUGGAAGCUCAAGUUUGGUUCGAGAGAAUGCCAGAGCAAGACUUGGUCUCAUGGACAGCAGUGGUGGCCAUGUAUGCUUCCACCGGGCAUGUAACCGAGGCCUUGGAAGCCUUCCAUAGGAUCAUCCAGGAGAGCAUGAUGCCUGAUCACAUUGUCUUUACAAGUGUGCUUGCGGCGUGCUGCCACUCGGGCGUGGUGAAGAUCUCUCAAAACUACUUCCAGUCAAUGAUUUGGGACUAUGGCGUCGAGCCCACGAGAGAACACUACUGUGAGCUUGUUGACGCAUUUGCAAGGGCCGGAGAGCUAGACAAGGCUGAAGAGCUCAUUCACAGUAUGCCCUUUGAGCCUGAGAGUGUUGCUUGGGUCUCGUUGUUGGCUGCUUGCCAGAAGAUCCACAAGGAUCCUGAGCGUGGAGUUCGAGCUGCCCAGAGACUCUCAACACUAGGGUUGGUAUUACAGUCGAAUUUCUAUGUGUUGCUCAGCCAGAAUUAUGGAAGUCUUCUGGAUCUCGCAUUCCUGAAACAGUAUCGUGUAUCCGUGCUUCUUUCCCUGUCAGGAGGGCCAAUGCCGACGACGGUCCCUUCUUCCUCAGCUCCUUUGCUUGAAGCUCUCAAGAGAACUGGCGGGGAGCGUGCCGCUGCGUUUCACUUCCCAGGCCACGGCCGCGGCUCCUCAACGCCCUCUUCGAUUUCCCAGCUUCUCGGAGCUCAAGUCUUCCAGUUUCAUCUCCCGGAGCUCCCAGGCCUAGAUAACUUGCACUGCCACAAGAAGCCAUAG